ACAGGGCAGGUACGGGGGGCGGGGCGGAGAGCUGCAGGAACAGCUGUGCCCCCCCCAGCCGCAGCGGGACUGCCGGGCGCCUGGAGUGCGGGUUAACCAUUAACCCUGCACUCCCCGGGUCCCCGCGCUGCUCGCGGUUGCGCGGAGCUCCGGCUUCCCAGGUAACCCGCGAGGAUGCCCCUCUCGCCUUCGCUGCCCCUCCCCUUCUUUUCCGUACGCCACUUGCCUGCGUCCCGCGGGGGGAGCCCCGGGCUUAGCCUCGCGCCCCCGGCAGGCUAGCGUCCGGGACCCGCUGAGGUUCUCGUAACUAGCUUUCAGGGUGGGGCGGCCCUCACCUAGCCGCCGUUCGCGCAGGGUGGGCACCAUGCCCGGCCUGUACUGCCCUUCCAGCUGGACGCCGCUGCCCCUCACCGACUCUUGGGUCCGGGCCUACGCCAACGGACCCUGCCUCAGCCUGCGGGCCCGGCUCACCUACCGCAACCCGCAACCCCAGCCAGUGGACGGCGUCUUCGUGUACCCGCUGGCCGAGGCAGAGGUGGUGUCGGGCUUCGAGGCGGAGGCGGCCGGACGGCGCGUCUCCUUCCAGCUUCAGAGCAGGCGCCGCUCACAGGCCGCCUGCUGCCGCGCUCUGGGCCCGGGACUGGGGACCUCCAGGCCCCGCCGCUGCGCGCAGGGUCAUCUUGUCUUGGAUCUCGCCCAGGCUCGGUCCACGCUGGUACUGCCCACAGGCCUUGUUGCUGCGGCUGGCACCAUGACAGUGACCCUGUGCAGUAGCCGGGAGCUGCCCUCCAGGCCUGAUGGGGUGAUGCAUGUGGCCCUACCCACUGUGUUCACCCCACUGGCCCAGCCAGGCCCAACAGGGGCCCCCAGGCCUCCAGGGCUCUGUGACGACAGGUUGGGCCUAUGCCCUACUAGCUGCUUUGGGGUGUCCAGCCCAGAGGAGGAAGGGCUGGCCUGGGAGCAACCAACUGCCUCCCCAGACGUGUUCUCAGGCCCUGCCCACUGCCCUGCCCCAUAUACCUUCUCCUUUGAGAUGCUGGUGACUGGGCCAUGUCUGCUGGCAGGCCUGGAGAGCCCCUCUCAUGCCCUGCGUGCAGAUGCCCUCCCUCAUGCCAGCUCUGCAGCCACUAUCUGUGUCACCCUGGCAGAGGGCCACCCAUGUGAUCGGGCCUUGGAGAUCCUCUUGCAUCCCAGUGAGCCCCAUCAGCCACACUUGAUGCUAGAGGCCGGCAGCUUAAGCUCAGCAGAGUAUGAGGCCCAGAUGAGGGCCCGCCGUGAUUUCCAGAGGCUGCAGCAAAGAGACAGUGAUGGGGAACGGCAGGUGUGGUUCCUGCAGCGACGUUUCCAUAAGGACAUCUUGCUGAACCCUGUGCUGGUGCUGAGUUUCUGCCCAGACCUGAGAUCCCAGCCUAGACACCUGGGUGCAGCAACUCGGGAGCUCCUCUUCCUGUUGGAUGGCAGCAGUGCAGUACACAAGGAUGCCAUCAUUUUGGCUGUGAAGUCUCUCCCUGCUCAGACACUGGUCAACCUAGCCUUGUUUGGGACCUUGGUACAGCCACUCUUCCCAGAGAGCCGGCCUUGUAGUGAUGACACUGUGCAGCUGAUCUGUGAGAACAUUGAGAAUCUCCAGGCUGUGAGCAGUUCCCUUGAUAUUCUGGCUGUAUUGGAUUGGGCCUUGGGGCAGCCCCAGCACAAGGCCCACCCUCGGCAGCUGUUUCUGAUCACUGCUGCCUCACCCAUGGCUGCUACUACCCACCAAGCCCUGGAAUUCAUGAGGUGGCAUAGAGGGGCAGCCAGGUGCUUCUCCUUUGGGUUGGGACCUGCCUGUCACCAGCUGCUACACGGUUUGUCUGUCCUCAGCAGGGGGCAGGCCUACUUCCUGAGGCCUGGGGAGAGACUGCAGCCCAAGCUGGUACAGGCUCUGCGGAAGGCACUGGAACCUGCUUUGAGUGACAUCUCCGUAGACUGGUUUGUGCCUGAUGCUGUGGAGGCAUUGCUGACCCCCCGGGAGAUCCCAGCACUCUACCCUGGGGACCAGCUGCUCGGCUACUGCUCACUCUUCAGGGUGGAUGGCUUCCAACCCCGUUCUCUCAGGGGCCAAGAGCCUAGCUGGCAGAGCUUGGGUGGCUCAGUGUUCCCAUCUCCAGAGGAAGCACCAUCUGUCACCAGCCCUGGCACUGAGCCCACACACACCACAGAGCCACUGGGAACAGGCACUGUGUCAGCAGAGCUGUCCAGUCCAUGGGCUGCUGGCGACUCAGAGCAGAGUACUGAUGCUCUGACAGAUCCAGUCACAGACCCUGGACUCAAUCCCUCCUCAGACACAGCUAUAUGGCGCCGCAUCUUCCAGUCUUCAUACAUCCGGGAGCAGUAUGUGCUUACUCACUGCUCUGCCAGCCCUGAACCAGGCCCAGGAUCCACCUGCAGUAGCGAGUCCCCAGGCUCCCAGGGCCCUGGCUCCUCUGAUGGUAGCCUUCCCUUGGAUCCACCUUCACAGCAGGGCUGCCGCAGCCUGGCCUGGGUAGAACCUGCCGGCUCCCGAUCCUGCCCCCUUCCUGUACCCCCACCAUCUCCAUUCAAGGUGGGAGCCCUAAGUGCGGAGGUGCUGGGCCGACAGCACAGAGCAGCUCUAGCUGGCCGAAGUCUCUCAUCUCCACUAGGCAGGGCAAACCCAGUCCCUGGUCGACCCCGGCACCCAUCUCUAGAUGUAGUACCAGACGGAUCAGGCCCUGAGCCAGGACAACAGUUGGGUCAGGGCCUGGAUGAUUCUGGAAGCCUGCUCUCCCCAGCCCCCUUAGACUGGGAUAUGUUGAUGGAACCAUCUUUCUUGUUCAAGGCUGUGCCGCCCAAUGGGGAAACAGUCCCUCCAGCAGAGCCUCUGCCUCCCCAGGCUCCACGCUGCCAUGUGGUGAUCCGGGCUCUGUGUGGGGAUCAGCCAAUGUGCUGGGAGGUGGGUGUUGAACUGGAGGAGCUUUGGGGGCCUAGGGAUGGCUUACAGCCUCCAUCACCCCCUCUAAGAGAAGCUGCAUGGGAUCAAGCAUUCCACCGGCUGACAGCAGCCUCUGUGGUCCGGGACAAUGAACGGCUGGCUCUCCGAGGAGGGGCUGAGACCACAACUGACCAGGGCCAUAUCCGAAGGUCCUGGCUCCGAGCCCUUCAGACAAGUAAGGUCAGCUCUGCCCCCUCCUGCUUUACCUGCCCUGUUGCUGUGGAUGCUGCCACUAGGGAGGUCUUGCCUGGAGCCCUGCAGGUGUGGAUUUCAGAGCCAGCUGAACUCUCAGGAACUUAUGCUUCUCAAGGUCAUCUAGUUGCAGCUUCUCUGCCCAAAGCAGUUCACUCUAAAGGCUCUUCUGCAGGUGCCUGGGACCUGGACCUAAAUGACAACUCUAAGUCAGCUUUCUGGGAAUCUACAUCUACUGGAGGUCCUGAUCACCUGCCCCUUCAGCCUCCAGCCUCCCCCAGGCUCAGCCUGGGCGGUGUCCAUCAUCACAGACUCUAUAGCCCCAAUAAGGGCCAGGCCAGUGAGGGCAAUAGCAAAGGCAGCAACCAUGACUACCUACCCUUGGUGAGACUGCAAGAGGCACCAGGUUCCUUCCGCCUGGAUGAGCCCUUCUGCGCUGCAGUGUGCAUUCCUCAAGAACGCUUGUGCCGAGCCUCACCCUUUGCUGCACACCGGGCCAGCCUCAGUCCCACCUCAGCUUCAUCUCCCUGGGCACUUCUAGGCCCUAGUACUGGCCAGGGUGACAGUGCCACAGCCUCUUGCAGCCCCUCCCCCAGCUCAGGCUCUGAGGGUCCAGGUCAGGUAGACAGUGGGCGGGGCUCAGAUACUGAGGCCUCAGAUGGAGUGGAAGGGCAAGGUGGCUCAGGCUCAGAUCUGCGGGGCCGCACAUGGGCCACAGCAGUGGCUUUGGCCUGGCUGGAGCACCGCUGCGCAGCUGCCUUUGGCGAAUGGGAACUGACAGCAUCAAAGGCUGAUUGCUGGCUAAGGGCCCAACGCCUGCCUGAUGGCCUUGAUCUGGUUGCCCUCAAAGCUGCUGCCCAGGGGCUGUUCCUGUUACUGCGCCACUGGGACCAGAAUCUGCAGCUACAUUUGCUGUGCUAUAACCCAUCCAGUGUGUGAGGGCUGCCUGAAGUUCUGGCUGGCGACUCCCCAACACUUACAUCACUGCCACCCAGGGCCAGUCUCUCAGUACUGGGAAAGAAUAAGCUGGUGGUUGAGCCAGGUGUGGUGGCACACUCCUUUAAUCCCAGCACUCAGGAGGCAGAGGCAAAGGCAGAGGCAGGUGAAUCUCUGUGAGACUGAGGCCAACCUGGUCUUCUGGUGAGUUCCAGACUAGCUGUGGCUGCUAUAGAAAGACCUUGUCUCAAAAAGACCCCCCCCCCUUGCAAAAAGGUGUAUAUUGUCCUCCACUGCUUCUCAUCCCCUCCCCAGAAUCCCCUUACCACCAGAGAAAGUGCCUGCCUGUGGUCUCUUCCCUCUCCUCCCACCCCAUACCUUUUUCCCUAUGUGCUGAGCUCUCUGCAGGAGUGGAAGGUGAGAGAGCCACAGUCCCAAAUCCUAUGCAAUAAAGUGCCUCUUAGGACUG